UCCCCGCCCAACGUCUUUUUUUUCGUCCUGCUACUCUUCUUUUCUCUGUCAUACCACAACCUUUUUCUCUGUGUGACUGGAAAUAAUCAGUUAUCGCAGGGACAUAUAACUAUCGAGAUCUUCAGGCUUUGAAGACAAGAGAGUGACCGGCGCUGCGAUCACUUUCCCCCCACUUCAUCACGGACCAUCGAGGUCUACACUGCCCAUUCGCGGAGGCUCAACCCCAACAACAAUCGCCAUGUGCCAAGAACACGAGAACCAGAACAAUGACCACUUGGUCCAAUCCUCAGACCCGGAGCACCCGGCUAAUCUGAUCCCCGAUCUUUGUCGUCGGUUCUAUAACUGGGGUUGGGUUACCGGUACUGGUGGUGGGACCUCCAUUCGCCAGGGCGACCACAUCUUCAUCGCACCCUCUGGUGUGCAGAAGGAGAUGAUGAAGUCCGAGAACAUCUUCGUCCUGCAAUUUCCCACGCCCAAGUACCCCCCCUCCGAGCGCAAGUAUAUCCGCAAGCCUCUCAACCUGAACCCCUCCGCCUGCACUCCGCUGUUCUUGGCUGCAUUCGAGCGCGGCGCCGGAUGCUGCAUCCACACUCACUCCCAGUGGGCUGUCCUGGUGACCCUCCUAGUUGAGCGCGAGAAGGGACCUGAUGCCUGCUUCGAGAUCAGCAACAUCGAGCAGAUCAAGGGUAUUCCCGCUGGAAAGGGCAAGGGCUACCUGGGCUUCUUCGAUACCCUGCGCAUCCCGAUCAUCGACAACACCGCCUUCGAGGAGGAUCUGACGGGAAGUUUGGAGAAGGCGAUGGAUGCGUACCCGGACACCUAUGCCGUCUUGGUCCGCAGACACGGAAUCUACGUCUGGGGUGAUAAUGUUGCCAAGGCGAAGACCCAGUGCGAGAGCUUGGACUACCUGUUCCAGCUGGCCGUGGAGAUGCACAAGCUCGGUCUUCCCUGGGUCAAAUAAGAAUUUUGAUAUUUAGUAGCAUAGCCGUGAUGAUGGUACGGAGUAUAUAUACGAGAUGAAUGCAUGUCAAAGGUCUUAAUAGGAAGAAAUCCGCGCAUACACGAUCAUACAUUAACACCUGUCAAAUUCAGC